AUGAAAACGGGAGGAAAGGAAAUGCAAGAGGAGAUUGAAACGGUGACGGGAAUGAACCAGAAAGAGAUAGCGAAAAUGGACUCGAUGAUGACAGAUGGGAUGCACGACGAAAAGAUGGAAAAGAAGACCGAUAAGAAAAGGCAUGAGAGCAGAAGAAAACGGAAACGAAAGAAGUUAAGAGACGGUGGAAAUAGGACAAGGAAGAGGAAAAAGGAGGCAGUCGGACAGAACACAAUCCUCACCUCCGCACUUAAGAACGCGAAUGGAGUCGAUCUCCAAACCCUCCUGAUCCGGAAGAGGACCGUUACUCCGAUACUGCAUGAGAAAUUGGCCAUGAUUUCGGAACGGACCGGGCCCAUGAGACGUUUUCCCUCCAACACAACCAUGUGCCAGAGGAAGUCUCCCUGCGCCAACCACGGCAAUUGGGCUGCGAAGCAAAGACCUUGGCCGCUCCAAAGCAUGGGAGAUACCAUCGCUAUUCGUAGUGAUCCCACUAGCUUUAACUCGUGUCAAUGUCCAUCGCAGGAGACGCCGCCGGUGUCUGUAUGCCAGAUGGGUAUACUCUUCAAGAUUGCGACCGACGCCAGAGACGAGAUCUCGAUGGCCGUGAUUGAAGAAGAUCGAAACCUGCGCCCGAUUCCAAAGCUCGAUUCGGAAGCUGGCUUGUUACAUUACUGCUGUCCUCGGCUUGGCCAGUUCGAUCGACGGACCGUCUUGUACCAUCGCGACUCAGCGGUAUGUGCGAUUAUGAGAGACAUCGACAAUUGCGCCGCAACAAAGUUGAUGAGCAUUGAGCCGUUAAGUCCUUUCGUCUUUGCUGAGGCCAAAAGUGGUCCGUGCGCUUCGACUUCACAGGCUCGAGAUUGGUGUAUGUGGUACCAGAGAUGGGAUGUCAUGCUGCGACAGAGCUUCAAGCCGCCUCUCUGCAAUCGAAAGAGAGGCAUUGCAUACAGCAUUCCAGUGCUGGAUAUGUCGGCGAAUCUGAAACCUGCUGUGGAUAUUCCCUUUUCCAGUUAUAAGGAGGCUACCCGUUUCGCCGAAGGCUCUUUUGCACAACAGCCUCCCGUAUAUGCCAUUCGAGCAGGAGGCGCGAGGUACGAGAAGUUGUGUGGCAUGCGACUUGAAGUCCUUCCCUUCCCAGCCGACAGGGCGUCGAUGAUUCCGGGCGUCCUGCGGAUGUUGUACGAACCCGAAUGGAGACGAUGA